AUGUGCUCUGGCUGCCGCCGCCUUCAGUGCAUCCUGCUGCUGGCAGCGCUCACCCGGGCGCUGGAUGAGACGGGAGCAGGGAGAUCGCUGCUGCGGUUCCGCCCGCUCCUUCAUGCGGGCUUCUGCUCCGGCGGAGCUCGCACCGCCGCCGCGGAGGAGCCGGGCUGCCCUCCCACCCCGCGCCCGCCCGCCCGGGGGGCCCGCAUGGCGUGCUACCUGGUCAUCAGCUCCCGGCACCUCAGCAACGGGCACUACCGCGGCAUCAAAGGCGUCUUCAGGGGACCGCUCUGCAAGAAGGGCGCUCGCUCGCCGGUAACUGCCACCUCCUCGCCCCCUCCCUCACUUGCCCCCCGCACGGACUAUGCUGAGAAGGAGAGAGCUGCAGCUAAGGCCCUGGAGGAUGUGAAGGCUAACUUCUACUGUGAACUGUGUGACAAGCAGUACCACAAACACCAGGAAUUUGACAACCACAUCAAUUCUUAUGACCAUGCUCACAAGCAGAGAUUGAAAGAUUUAAAACAAAGGGAAUUUGCUCGAAAUGUGGCUUCAAAGUCAUGGAAAGACGAGAAGAAACAGGAAAAAGCACUCAAGCGACUCCACCAGCUUGCAGAGUUACGGAAGCAGUCAGAAUGCAUCACUGGGAGUGGACCAUUGCUUAAAGCCCCCCGAUUAGUCCUGGAAAAGCAGCAAUCACCAGAUGGAAUUUUCCUGUACAAGGGCAGCAAGUUCACAGCAAGUUCUCAGAGAACCAUCACAAGUGAAGGACAAGGUUUCUCCAAAAGCAUACUAGAGAAACAGCAACUUAUUAUAAGCAGGCACCACCCCACAACUGAAAGACACCAUGCACUUGGAAAUCACGUCUCACAGAUGUCCCCAUAUAGCAACAAUACCUCUCAAAGGGCAGGAGUGUCUUUUUCAUUCUCUAAAAAGUUCCCUUUGAAGCUUGAGUCCUCAGCAUCAGUCUUCAGUGAGAACUGUGAAGAAGGAAAUGAUUGUAGUGAGUUCCCCAACCAUAAAAAAAAGCACACUACUGAGGGCUGUCAUUCUGUCACACUUUUGGAGGAAGAAGGGAAAGCAAGUUUGGAUAAAGAGUCACCUAUUCCACAAGACCAAAUGGAUUUGGAUAACAGUGCAUCAAGUCACGUAGCUGCAAAACCUAAAAUGCGAAAGGAAAAUGAUGAAAAUAGUGACAGGGGAUCAGGAGAAAAAAACAGAGCUAAUCCUUCAUUUUCUAAAGUCAAAAUACUGCUUCCAAAUUUGAAUUUUUCGGCUUCCCUGAGAGAAACAGAGCAAGAGAGCAAACUGAAUGAAUCUGAACAAUUCUUAGAAACUCCCAUUUCAUCUUCAUGCCAAGCUAGCAAUUUUUGUACACAGCUGAACACCUACAAGCACAGUAAUGCCCACCUGCCUGACCAGCUAUCUGAGCUCCCACGACAGCCAGCACCUGAGCUGACCUGUUUAAGCAACAUUAAUGACAGUCCUGGAGCGAUAAAAAGAGAAAGAUAUUUGGAGAUUACAGAAACCACAGAUGGAAAUGUGGAAACACUUGAAAAGGAGACCACGGUUAAAGAAGUUAAGCCCCAGGCAUUGCCUUUCCUCCAUGUAGUGAGCAAAGAUGGCACCACUGCUCUGCAGUGGCCCACAGAAUUACUUUUGUUUACAAAAACUGAGCCCUGUAUUUCAUAUGGCUGUAAUCCAUUGUAUUUUGACUUCAGAGUCUCUUUAAAUCACAGAGAGGGUAAACAGCAUGAAACAAACAAAGCAACCUGUAAAGAGCUCACUAAAAAUAAGACUGCAGAUGAAUAUGAACCCUCAGGUUUAAUAAAACACAAGCAAAUGUCAAAUGAACAAGAUAAUCAGUUGUUGAAACCAAAGAAGAUGAAAGGUUCCCUAAAUCCAAGAAAGGCCAAGCAAAAAGCUGAGUCAGACACAGGGAAAGAAAUGAAUGAAACUGGUCAAAAAUGCAUUGCAGAUUAUUUGAAUGAAAAUAUACCCAAAGUGCCUGCUUACCUUGAUGUCUCACAAAAGGAUUAUGAGACAGAAAAAUGUCUUUACACAACAUCACUGAGGAGACCUUUAAAGCAUCAUUUCCAUGGCUGUGAAAGAAAAACUCUGAACAUUAGAAAUGAAAGCAUUUCCUUUUCUGCUUUUAUGUCUAGGAUUAAAAACUUUAACUCUGAAAAAUGUCAUUUAAUUGAUUCUGAAGAAAAAGAUGAGAACAAAAAUGACUCCAGUUCCCUUCAAGAUGUGGUCAGCUGCAGCAGUGGCAUAAGUGACAGUGGAAAAGACUCUAGUGGAAGUUUCUUUAGUUGUAAAUCUAGUUCAAACAGCAGGUAUUCAGAUAAUGAAGGAUGUGGAAGUUACACAAGAUGCUGGAGAUUCCCAUCUCCACAAAAGUCCUCAUCUGGCAGACACUCCAGCUAUUCUGACAGUUCAGUUAGCAGUACGAGUAGCUACAUGAGCUACAUGAGUCCCACAUCAAACAAUCACAGAAGAAAUAAUUUGCUUUGUUGUUUUAAAAGAAAAGGCAAGACAAAUGAAAGGCACAAGUGUAAAGACAGAAAGCACAAGUGUAUUUUCACUUCAGAUGAUACAGACGAGGAUUAUCUUUGUCAUUGUAGAAGUCACGGAACUAGAAACUGUAUUCAGAGUGGCACAAUUAAAUAUCAAAGAUGUUCAAGACAUAAACUUUUACAAAUCAGAGACAGGUCUAAACACAGCAGAUGUAGACAUCAGCAUUUUGUCAAAGUGCUUAGUAGGAGUAGAAGCUGCCACAAAUCCAAAAGUGGUUCCACCAGUGAUUCAAGAAGCAGUGAAAGAUCAUCUAGCAGGAGAAUAUCAAGAGGCAGCAGUUCAGGAUCCUUCUCAAACGAGGCUGACAACUGUGACAACAAAACAAUAGAGGAUGCUGAGAGAGGUUCUAACGCUGAACCAGGAAAAGCUGAAACUGCACAUUCCAAUGCUCUGAAUAUGAAUAGUCAGUCUAAAAAAUUUGCCACCUGCUCUUCCAAAAACCUGGCAAAAGACAUAUGUGGAAAAAGAAAGUCAAUGACAGCCAAGUUACUUUUAGAAAGAGUGCAGUCUAAGAAAACCCAGGAACAAAUGCAUGAUCCAGAGAGAUUUUCAAUCAGUAGUGGGAUAGAAUUACAGGAUCACUCACGAAAUCACUUUGCUCUUCAGUUUUCAUCAUCAGUAGAUGACAUUGCAAUGUUACCUUUGCCAGACAAAGUGCUAAGCAUAGGUAAAAAUGACUUGAGACAUAAUGAAAUCAGUUCAUUGGAAAACAGUGUGAAGAAAAACACUGAAGCAUCAGAGGUAACUAAUGUUGCUCUUUCACCUGGAACUGAUUAUGAUCAUUGUGUUCUUAAAGACAUAAUUCAAAUUGAAACAGGCUAUCAGAGCCCAAGCAUAAAAAGGAACACAGCAAUAAAGGAACAAACCAAUCUCUUCAUUAAUGAAGUGCAGCCCUUUAUACAAAGCUGUGAUCCAGUACCAAAUGAUUUCCCUGGUGCUUUUCCCUCUAAUAGAUAUUCUGUUGCUAAUUCAACAGAGACCAAAGAAGAACUACAUGAUGUAAACAUGGACUUGAACCGGGCAGAAGGCAGUUCAGACUCUUUUUGUGACAAUGCUAUGCAGAAGUAUGGUGAUACACUAAAUGACCUAGAAGUGUACAGUAAAUCCACCUCCCCUCCUUUAACACAGCAGCCUAUCACAUUUACACCAGAAGAAGUAGACAAAUACAGGUUGCUGCAGCUGCAAGCCCAGCAGCACAUGCAGAAACAACUUCUGGCAAAACAUCUGAAAGUUUUGCCUGCCCCAGGACCAGCUGCCUUCUCUGCAACACCAGCAGUUCCUGCCCUCCCUGUUCAGCAGCAGGCUACUGUCACCACCAUCCACCACACGCUGCUGCAACGCUUUGCUGUCUCGGCAUCUGCGCACCCCCACAGCAGCCAUCUCUCCCUGGCACCCAUCCACCCCUCUCAGGCACAUUUUGCCCCCAUAUCACUUUCUCCAUUAGUGCCAGCCCUUAUUCCCACCCACCCUGCUUUGCUGACAGGACACCCACUGCAUGUGGUUUCUGCUACUCCCCUCCACCCUUCCUCACUGACCUUCCCUGCACUGCCACAUGCUGCAUAUAUCCCAGCCUUAUUUACACCACACCUGAACACAGCCACACCUUCUGCUAUACACCCAAAUCACUUAGUGCAUCCCUUGUUCCAAGGACAAGAGCCCCAUCAUUAUUCUUGUUCUUUCCAGACCCAACAGUUACCUACAGCAAAAGAAGUUUUCAGUGUUUCUAGCUACUUAAACUAG